AUGCUUCAGCCGUCCAGAACUGCGCGCAUAUUGGCCUUUUUCUGCUGCGGCAUGUGGUCAGUGGCGCAUAGUUUUCGCCUGGUGCGCAUGUUUCUGCUUGGCCGCACGUACGCCGAGGUGAUCCAGCGGCAGGAAGACGACCACACCACGCGCGUGACGCUCAAAGCCGCUCGUCCCGCCGUGUUUUUCCCAGGCUGCUAUUUUUACGUCUUCUUUCAAGGGCCGCUUCCUUUCUACGACCUUCUCCGUGGCUACGCAAUGAUGCCGUUCUGGGUUGACUCAGAGCACGUAGCAUCCGGUGCCGCUUCGGAGCUUAGUUUUCUGAUAUCGCACACGGGAAACCAUAAAAGGUCGUUGGCUACUGUGCGCAAGGGGCAGUUCCUCAGACUUGACGGCCCCUACGGCAAGGAUCUGCAGCUGCAGUCUUACGAGACGGUGGUUCUGGCCGCGAAGGGCAUGGGCAUUGUCGGUGUCUUGCCCUUUGCUCGCCAUCUUGCCGAAAGGAGAAAGCAUGACGACGGAGCUCGUGGUACUACGGCGCGUCUGCGAGACUCCAGGGAACCUGUUUUCGGCGACCUCAGCCGCAACGUCGAUCUGAUUUGGUGGUUGGAGAGCAACGAACAAGAGGAAUGGGUUGCAGAGCAGCUAAAGGAACUGCAAAAAAUAGACACGAAGCAUCUGAACGUCUGUUUACCAGUCUAG